CCUUAACAACGAUUUCAAAUUGACUAAUUUUGCUUUCGACGUGAGUCAGAAAUUUGAGGCCGUUCGACGUGAAUAGAAAUCGAUUACGAACCCGGCCGUCAGAUACACAGCAGAGUUAUGAAUACAUAUGUAAUAAAUAUACUCACUAACUUCGUCUUCUUAGUCCGUACUGCAAGUUACGGUUCGUCGUUGUUUUCCUUCGAUUGAGCCGUAAAUCGAAAGGGAAAAACCUCGGUCGCGAUCCGUAACUUACAGUAGGGACGUCGAACACGGUCUCUAUAACACAUUAAAAAAAAAUGUCUAUGUUUCAAGUCUGUUACACAGUACUUUGAUGGUUUGAAACACACGGCGGGUCCGGAUUUCGGCGAAAUAUUAGGAAGAAAAACAUGAACAUACAGUUGUUGCACACCACCUGUUGCCACAAGUGACUCAUACUUUUCGCGCGUCUGUUCUCUUCAAUGCUAACAGCUGAUUGGCUAAUAUUUCACCUCAAAGUGACCAGUAGUUUGUGUUUACGCGCCCGCGAAAUGCAGUCAUCACCGCUUUAGGGCUUUUAAAAUAUAAAAAUAAAGUUUACAAACUAGGAACACCCUUAGCAGGGCGACUGUUCAGCUCAGACGACUUAAACGAUUGUUCUGUAGCUAACGUUAACAUCCCUUUUUCAGCUAGGGUUUCGUAGUCUUCGGGAAAUAUAAUAUAUGCGGAGCCCAUUCAACGGUGCACUUGUCGAGUAAAAACCCAUUAAAGCGUCAAGUUGUUGGGCAUUGCAUUGGGUUCUAUGUGCUGUCGUGGAGACCCUCACAGCGCCCUUGGAAGGACCGAAGGAGCGAUCGACUUGAUAUCAAUUUGGUUCGACUGUAUUUCACAUAAUUCUGCGUUUGGAUCUAUCAGCUACAACCCUGGCGAACGAGUCGACGCUAUUGCUUGAAUUAUAAUCAUUUGCAACAUAAACAGCUAAUUAACCCCUUGGCACCGGUCAGGGCGUUAAAACGCGGUCUCCUCACACUUGGCUAUGAAUGGGCGCGAAUUUGGACAAGAAGAAUUCAGCGAUGAUCAGUUUCUUGCUGGCGGUGUAACUCUCAUGUUAACUGGUCUCAUUGGCUUUGUUGGUAACCUGCUUGUUUUGAUUGUCACAUACAGAAUUCUCCGGCACAGACGAAAUAUCCCCAAUAUAUUGAUAUUAUUCUUAGCCUGGAUAGACCUGCUGGUAUUUCCUUUAGCGUAUCCGCAGUCACUGAUAAAGUACUUCUUCGGCUUUUACAUUGGAGACUACGUGGCUUGCGACUUCCAAGCCACCACUAUAUCAUUUUUAUUUAUGUUAUCCAUACUGCUGGUUGUUUUAAUGAGUGUAGAUCGCCUUCUAGCUUUGUAUAAACCUUUUUAUUACGAUAAACACAUGGUUUACGACAGGGAAAAAGUCAAGAUUACAGCCAUUGGUUUUGGAUGUUCUGUACUCACUGUCAGUUUACUUCCAGCGUUUGGAGUCAGCAGAAAUGUUCUACAUUUUCCUGGGACAUUCUGCCUGUUUGAGUGGGGUUCUGAUACGGUAGAAGGUAAAGCACUCGUUUAUAUUUUUAUGUCUGCGCUAGCGAGCGCUAUGGUCCUUAUUGUGACAUGCAAUUUACUCAUUGUUGUUAUGGCGUUAAGACUUUCAAAUCGAAGGCAAAACAGUACAAAUAAACCUCGUGAAGAUCCGGAGGCGUCCAACGCAGGGAGUAUAGAGCACCAUCACUGUGUCUGUGGGAAAAUGGAGCUUCAGUUUGCCAAGUUAAGCGGUGCUGUAGCAGUAUCAUUUGUCGGUUGCUGGAGUUUAUUUUUACUAAGAGUGACACUUAUUCAAAGAGGUUGGUCAUUUGAUGAGUUGACAGACUUCACUGCAGUACGUCUUGCCUCCCUACACACAGUUGUUAACCCUUGGUUAUACCCCUUGACUAGAAGGAAAUACCGCGAUGCAUUCUGGUACCUACUAACGUUGUUUGCGUAUUACGUCACAUGUACAUUAGUAGCCAGGCCUGGCACCACCCUAGAUGAAAUUGUCGGUAUACAGUCUGAAGCAAGCCAAGUUCGUGAACUCUACCAGGAGGAGCGACGACGCUCAAGUUCCCAGCGGCUAGUCAAAUAAGAGCAAGAUAUCACAUCUGUGAAACGUGAAUGGCAGUUUUCGUUCCCAGGCCACUUAAUACUUUUGGUCAGCAGGGGAACGACCGUGGUACACAGACAUCGGAAGAAAAGUGGUGCAUUUUCAGAAUAAACGUUGUUUUUAGAGUUUGUUAAGGAGACGAGAUAUUAAAGACAUUUGGCGGCAACAUUGUUAACAAGUUGCUCGAUUUUCAAAUGUAAAAUCAAAGAGCAUUCUUUAGUAUCUUAACAUUUACAAAUGAAAGUUGUGGUGACAGAAACCAGUCUUCUGUGUGGAUGUUAUUUUUGAAACAAGCCACCAAAAAAACAAAACAAAAGAAAAGAAAAUUGAGCAAAUUGUACAUAGGAAAGAAACUUACAAAAAAAAAAUAGACUUAACUUCCGGUACAAGUUGCUUUUGCCCCGUGUCCAAGUGACCAAGGUCUUGUGGACACGAGGGUACAGUGUGAUGCACCACGAUCCGAGUGAUCUUGGAUUGAUCUGUUUAGUAAAGAACGCAAAAUCCGUGAUGGGCGGUAAAUAGAUAGGUAGAUAGAUAUGGUUCAGGCAAGUUACGGGUUAAUCAAUUUUGGCUACGUAAGACAGGUACAAAACUGACGAUGAAUUGACGACCAUUGAUGGCGUUUGGUGCAGUUGAUUUUGGAAAUACGAGUUUCAACCACGCUGUACAGAUUCAAGACAUUUAUUUAUUUAUUUAUUUAUUUAUUUAGUUAGUUAGUUAGUUAGUU